AUGCAAUAUGCUCAGUCCUGCAACCUUAUCCGUCUACCUCAGCCGGGACCAGAUGGGCCGGAUAAGACGAAACAUUGUGCUUACCAUCGAUGUGCAGGACAUGACACGGAGGAAUGCACGCAUUUAAAGCAGCUGUUGGAAGAUUUGCUUCACUUGGGAAAGUUAGACAAGUGUGUCGGGAAGAGAGAAGAGAACAAAAGAGUGGGCGAGAGAAAAGAUCAAAGGCGAUCUCAUCAUCGCUCUGAUAGGAGAGAUCAAGAUCGGCUAGAUUUCGAUCCCCCAUCUAGUGGCCGACCGAAAUCUAAACCGACCAUCCACGUCAUAUUCGGAGGUUUGGAAGAUGCUUCCCGACCUCGGGAAAGUUGCCCGGUCGCGAUCGUCGACUCCCGAGAAACCGGUAAGAGGCAAAAGAUGGAACCCAUCACCUUCACUCUAGAAGACCAGCCGGAAAGCGGUGAUCAUGUGAUGGAAGCCCUAGUUGUCACGAUUGACAUCAUGGGAACCGAUGUUCAGAGAGUAAUGGUGGACACCUGGAGCAGUGUGAACGUCCUUUAUUUGGACAUGUUCAAGAAGCUGAAAUUGGACAAGCAGGAGUUGAUUCCGGUCGGUGUUCCAUUGUCAGAAUUUACCGGGGCCACCAUCCGGCCCGAGGGAAAGAUCGUGCGCCCGGUUGAGAUCGGCACCCCACCAAAGUCAGUGAAAACAGAAUUGGAGUUCAUUGUGGUCAACCUCCAUUGUGUCCACAACGUCAUCUUGGGCCGACCGGCCAUUAUGAGGGUCGGCGGGAUUAUAUCGAUGCCUCACUUGUGCAUGAAAUUCCCCACCCCUGCUGGGGUCGGAGUUGUGCAAGGCGAUGUCCAGUCGGCGAGAAAAUGUUAUUCCCGGGCAGUCAAUCGGCGUGAUGUCGGUUCUUCCUGA